GAAGAAAGGCGGUUUAAUUAGACGGCGCGUUACACUCUUACUCGUGAUGUCAUCGGUUCUAAAGAACAAGAUUUUGAAACCAUUUCUUAAGUUUACGAAAAACCUUUCUUCAAAUAAACUUCAUAUGAGUUUAUUAAAAGGUGUUUUGGAGUUGGAAACACUAGAAUUAGAAGAAAAUGCUUUAAUGGAGCUUCUUGAUCUGCCAACUUGGUUACUUUUACGUAAAGCAUAUUGUACAAAUGUUGUAGCUAAAAUACACUGGACAAAGUUAAAAACUCAUCCUGUUUUCAUUAGUAUUGAUCUUGUAAAUAUUGAAUUACAAGCGCUCAAUGAACCACGUCCAGCUUCACAAUCGCCUAUAGCUAAUUAUAGAGGCGGAUCUGGCAAAUAUGGGUUCAGUGAUAAAGUAAUUGAUGGAGUUACUAUUCAAGUGAACUCAGUGUUUAUUGAGUUCUUCGCUCAAGCUUUUCAGGGCUCAGUUGAAUUGUCCAGGUUUUGUGUGCUGAGUAAAUCACCGAACUGGCAAAAUUGUUUGUUAAAUUUAAGCACUCUGACAAUGCCACAAUAUGAUUCCAUAUUGAUAUUCAAGGAAGUCUCUUGGGAAUCAGCACGUAUUGUGGCCGAUGGUCUACUAACUGAACUGCAUGGUACACCAGUUAGACUUAUAACAAACCAAUCUCGUGUGCGUUUAACAAUGAAAAAGCGGUUAUCUGAUGGGUCGCUGAUUAGCUCACGUAUUCGUCUUAUACUAGACGAUAUACUUUGGGUAUUCACAUUAUCUCAAGUUGAGGCAGCCAUUGUAUUUGCACGUUCUUUAGAACAUUCAAUACGUUUAGCCAAUGAACAGAGUAAACGAUUCGCAGCAGAGAAAGCUAAGCGACAAACCGUCACUUUGGUUUCAUCAUCAGAAACUCAGUCUUUGGUGAAUAAUAGUUACAGUAACAAUAAUAAUGGUAGUAAUACUAACUAUACUACUAAUAGUAAUAUUUACCCCACGGUAGUAGUACGAAAUACCAAAUGUACAUGGGAUUAUGCAAAUGCUGUGAAUAUGUUUCAUCAAUAUGAUGUUUUGGAAACAUCCUAUCAUUUGAUUGUUAAUCGGACAGAAUUGAACUUUUGUGAUGAAACUAAAGAAAAAAUUCGACUCAAUCCAAACAUUGUGCCGAAUGGAUCAAUGCGAGUUAAUUUAACCACAUUAUCUGUAGAUUGGUAUCCAUAUCAUUUAGAUUUUUCACCAGAAUUACCUUGGCCUGGUUGUCGAGAAUUCUACAGUGCACGUGAUAAUUGGUUAAGAGGUAUUAAUCCUAUACAUUUUACCUAUGGUGGUCGUAGAGUAUUCAGUACAAAUUCUCCAACUGUUUCUACUGAUAAUCAAUUUGUUAUAUUGGAUUGUGGUUUAUUGCAGACAGUGAAUACAUCAAUUUUACAAAGUGUUGGUAUUCUACGAUUAGUUGACAUCACUGUAUCAUGUGUAUCUUAUCCGAAUUCCGUGUUGAAACCGGGUGAUCCAUCUACAUCGUUUUCAAAAUCUUCACAGAUCAAUAAAACAUUUCGCGAUAAUAAUAAUAAUGCACGUAUAAAAGCAGAAAUUCCAAUUGAUAAGAAUAUUUUCAUUGGAUCAGAUAAAUUGUUACAUAAUCUACCUGAUACAUCAUCAUUUCUUACCAUUGAAUUUAAAAAUCAUUAUUGUGUAGAUGAUACACCAAGCUCAAGUUCAUCAAAUCAAUCUUUACCAUGUUCAUUGUUUUGUCAAAUCAAUCCAUUUUAUAUAAAUUUCGAUCCAGAUACUGUUAUAUGGUUGAAUAUAUUUCUAUUGGCAUUACAGUUAAACUUGUCAACUUUCUUAUCCGGCAGAGAUACAAACCAUCCGUCGAAACAACCUAACAGACUAUUUGAUUUAAAUCGAUAUCAUGUACGACUUGAAGCUUUGAUGCCUCGUUUGAUAUUCUCACUAUUUGGACAGUCCAAUCGUCAUACGAAUUCAUCCAAUUGGAUUGGACCACACGCUCUUAUUUUACAAUCAGAUCAAAUUAUCGUACAGUCACUAGCAGCUCCUAUAUCAUCACAUGUCGCUGAUUGUUUGAAAAAGCUGUUAGACAAUUUGCAAUUGAGUUAUGGUCAAUAUGAUACCAGUUGUAUGAGUAAUAAUCCAUUCAUUUCUCAAGCUGUUCCACACAAAUCACCGGAUUUGUCAAAAUUCCAAAAACUAGUUCAGUCAGCUACAGAAUUACAUAGUUUAUGUCCCAAUUUCGAAGAACAAUUUUGGUGCAUUCAUUGUCCAAAUGUAUGGAGUGAAUUUCUUACAAUAAUCGAUAUGACGACAUAUAAUUCUGUCCAUCUUGUUAACAACGAUCAUCGAAUCAAUGAUUGUAUAAUAUACCGUCAAUCAUUAAUUGAAUCUCUUCCUUUGACUAUAUGGUCAUUAAUGCCAAUUGAUGUAUCGGUGCCUUCAACAGUUAUCAACAAGAAUCAACCAUUCAAUCAUUCUCCAAUAUCGUUAAUAAUUGAUAUUGAUAAUAAAUUAAUCCCUAUGGAUUCAAAAUCAUCAUCCUCACAUAUGAUAAACCAAUCAGUAGAUCAAUGUCCAAUCAAAAUCUCUUUAGGUUCUACAGAUCAAUUAUACACUAAUCGUAUUUUAUUAUCACGCCUUAUCAAAUUUUCUACCAUGAACAGUGAAAAACUGAGAAUUCCUGACACAUUAGAUCAAAUCAUAUUUUUGUAUUAUAUAUAUCAGCAAAUUUCUUAUGUACAAACACGUUUGUACUUAGACUAUCAAGAAUUUACACAAAUUACCGAAAGUCGAUCCACAUUAUCAGUCAGUCCACAAUCAAAUCAUAAUCACUAUAAAUUGUUAUAUUGUGUAGGUUUUUCCACACUACGAUCAAUUGAGCUGGACGUAAAUGUUUGUCAUGAAAAUGAAAUUCGUAUGAAACAAGUAUCGUCUCCUAGUUUCACGGAGAAUAAUAUUGACACUAGUCUACCGAAUACUCCAAAUGUAUCUGCUACAAGUGUCAAUUUUUUCCCGAAUAAAUCUUUAUCAACUGCUCUAUUGUCAUCGUCAUCAUCACCAUCAUCUUUAACAAAAUUCUCACAUAAUCCUACUCCACUUUCUGCUGCCACAGUGCUACCGUUGUCGUUGCAGACAUCACUUCGCUAUCAUCAUCCCAUGUUUACACCUUCAUGGGAUUCGUUAUCAUUAAAAACCGAAGGUUCUGUGUUAGACAGUAGUAAAUUAAAUAGAACUAAUCUUCGGAGAUCAAUGCGUGGGCGCAUUAAUUCCUCAGAUGAUAGUCCACAAUCUUUAUUACAAAAUGAUUGUGAUUGUAGUAUUGGGACUACUGAUAGCAUUAACAAUAACAGUAAUAGAUGUACGAAUAAGUUAGUAAAUUCCGAUUUACCAUCACCCAAAAGGUUUUUAAUAAAACGUAAAACUCACUCAACAGUUACGUUUGUCAAUAAAAAAAAUGAAUGUAAUGCGGUUGAUCGAAACAAAGAGUCACAAAAUAAACCUCUCUCUGAACAAGAUCUUUUUAUGCUUAAUCCUGUUGCGGAUGGAGUUUGGGCAAACAAUUCAUCUAAAAAUAACAUAAGUCAACAGUUUUCUAUUUCCAGUGAUUUAUCUGAUCUACAAAGUACAUCCAGUUCGAUGGAUGAUUGGACUAAGCCAUAUGAAGUUUUAUCUAAUUUGAAUUCAUCGUGUACAUAUCAAACUGACGAUAUGUUAUGGCCACCUCUUAAUCAUCAGCAUCUGCUCAACUCUUCAUCAUUUCUAUUAAGUCCAGAUGAGAUUGGUUCAGAAUUGUUAGACGUAGAUGUCUUUGCACCAUAUACGUUGAAUACUCCCGAUGCAGCUACUACUACUACUACUGGUCUGACAGCAGCAAUGGAACAGUAUCAAGAGCCAAAAUCAGAGGAAAAUAUUACUGAUCAUGAUAGAUUUCGUCAAUGGAAAAAGUCAAAUAUAUCGAGUGUAAUCAUACAGUUGGCUGGAUUUUCAUUUGAAGCGGAUGCUAUGAAUUUAGAAACACGUUUUUGGAUUGUAUUUAAAUCACUUCAAUUAUUUAUGAAACCAGAAGAAUCACUUCAUUGUUCCAUCGCUUCAUCUCGUGCUGAACCUGACCAAAAACAACAUAAUAAAUUUGUACAAUCUGAUUAUUUAUGGUCAGUUUUCCUAAGUUUUGGUGGUGAUCCAACGGUUGGACUAACAAAACUAAAGCCUACAACUAGUGAUAUUUAUCCAUGGUUAUAUGCCAAUGCUACUUUAUUAAAAAAUUGGAGACUCAUUAUUCCAUCAAAUAUUCAACAAUUAUUUAUUCACGUAUGGCAUCAAAUUGGCGGCCAUGAAAACAUAAAUCCAUUAAAUUCUUCUCUGUGUAGUAGCAUCCAUGGAGUUAGUAUGGAUAAUAAUGAUAAUAACGAUCCAAUUAAUUCACCUCCAAGAUGUUCAAUUCGUUUAUUGUUAAAACAAGGAAAUUUAUCGCUGAAACUGGAAUCAGGUGCCAAUGAAAAUCCAGAACAAUUAAAACUCUUCAGACAGUUGUUUCUGCAACAGGGAUUGAUUAUUGAACUAACAGAAUAUGGCGUAUUUCAAAUUGGAUUUGAAAAAUGCACGUCGAAUAUGGAACAAAAUAAUAAGGAAUGUGUUAAUCAUUGUCGCAACCGUGCAAAGAGUAUUGACAAUGAGUUAUUAUCCUCCUACUCUCCAGUAAAUAUACCCAGUGCUUUUCAUAAUAUCCUAAUCAAUCGAUAUGCAUUCGAGAAUAAAAUAUUGAAAGAUAAGAUUGAGGCCUUGACAAAUGAGUUAAUGAAACUAAGAUCAAUGCAUAAUGCUUAAUACUCAUCAACGAUUCCGAAAAUAUGAUUUACCAUAUAUUUAUGGAAUACUGCAAAUUAUACAGGCAUUUCUCCUUUUGACAAUUAACCAUUUUAAUGACUGAAUUCUUUCUAUCGAAAAAUUGGUUUUCCAUGUGAGAGUGAAUAUCGCUAAAUCUUUAGUACAGAAAAACUAAUUGUGUUCAUAAUUUUAAUCAGAAAUCAAAGUAUUCCUGUUCUUUUUUCUUCCGAUCAUUAACUCAUAACAAUGUACAUGUCAGUGCACUUGUCUGUUCAUCACUCGUGGACAGAUCCCUGAUAGGAAAUUCUUUUUUAGAUGUACAUAGUUAUUUCUCAAUCACCAUAAAUUAGACUAUUUGUUUACAGUUUGUUUUGGUUUUCACUUAUCGAUUUAUUUAGUAAUUUCUUUGUCCAUGGACUUAUCUUGUACUUUUUUUCUCGGGUCACUUUCUUUGUCUUACCAUUUAUUGAUUUAUCGAAUUCCAAACAUAUUGACUGCUUUUUUGUAAUGAGCAUUCUCUAAUUACUCUGUGUUUUUUCUUAUCCACUGGAUGAAGAGGGAAACAAGGUAUACAAAAACACAUAUAACAAUAAAAGAUUUUAUUCUAUUGGAAUGAUCUUCGAUCCUGUUUUUCUCGUCCAUCCGCACACAUAAUGCGAUGGCCAAACCUCAUUAGUGAGAAGCGCCACAUAUUUUUCUUGAUGAAUUUGGAGACGGUCUUCGUCAUCGAUUAAUAUCAUCCGGAAGACCACUAACAGCUACGAGUUCCCUAGGGAGCUGUUUCGUCCUAGUAUGAGACUCUUCAGAAGAAUUGCACCUAAAACCUCCAUGUCUUGUGUCGAGUACCAUGGUUUUUGACUUUUGGUCGUGAUAAGAUGGUUUAUAUUUGAGAUUUCAGUCCCAUGGGUGAUAAUUUUCCUACUCUGGACAUAGUAAAGGGCUUCUAUAUGAUUCUAAGUUUUUUUACUUGGUGUAGAAAAGUAUCAAAUGUAGCCGCAAAUGAGUUUAGGCUCUAUCAUUGAUUGUAUUUAAGGCUUUUUCACAGUUACGGGAGAUAUCGACAAAAUACUACUUGAUUACUGAUUAUUGUGUAUAAACUACAGUACUUCCUAUCACUACUUCAAGAAUAAUAUUCAAGUUAGAUCAAAACGGGGGUGAAUUGCUAAAUUUGAAGCCUUUAUAAAUAAAAAUAUGCAGCACCCUCAUAAUAGCCCACUGUACUACUUGUUUCCCCAACUUAUAGACAAGAUUAUAAGCUUAUAUAUGCAUGACCUGACUUUUAAGUUACUAUAUUUAAUGUGAUUAAUUUAUAGAGCAUUAUCAUAAACCUUAGAAUGUAUACUAACAUAACGGAGAGAAUACUAGGGAAGUUGUAACUACGAAAUAUUUUAUGUAUUAUCACUUCACCUAUUGCCUAAUUACUAAGCAUCCGGAUUAUUGUCUUCCUACAUUUCUCGUUGUAAGCUUCAGUUGAACUUAAUAAUUACUGUUUGACGUCUUACUAUCCCUUGAUUAUUGCUAAUUCACCUUGUGUUCCGUCUCCAGCUAUUUAUGGCUUGAUUGUAUGUGGACUAGGAUUUCCUGCUUGGAGUGUGUCGUGACCUGAUAGCACACAUACUUUAAUGCUCUAGUCAUCUGGUUAAUGAAAUGCUAUCAAUUUAUCCAACUGGGCUAGUUAAGAAUACACCACGGGUAUACAACGAGUUCAUUUUGUUGACACUACAGUAUACUUUUUAUUUGAAGCUUCACUCAAGAUACCACUCAGAUUAAUAUUGAGAUCCCCUUGAUAAAAACCCUACCUUUGGGGAACAUUAACUCGUAAAACAAAUGUGUUUCCGUGUCAAAUCAGUUAAAGUGGUUGCACUUUAAUGUUAGGUGAUUGGAGUUACGAAGCCCUGUGCUUGUUGACAAUCAUCAAGAAUACUUACUCAGAAUUUUGAAGGAACUGAUACUUCCCAUGUAUUGUAGUCAGAGACACCAGUACUAAGAACUAAAAAGUAGGAAAUUUUCUGUUAGUCUAUAAAUAGCAGUUCAACCGUGAUUAUUUAUAGAACUUGUUUUUUCUUCAUGGUACUAUAUUGUACGAACACAUGCUAAUAUUGCAUCACAAAGUUUACGCAUAGCUACUAUAACGUUCAAAAUUUGAUUGAGUCUGUUAGAUAAUCAAAAAUAUGUUUACGCGUUCAAGUGAUACGUUGUUGUAAGUCAUCAGUAAUUUGAAUUAGCUUAUUUACUUUAUCUAUGUAUUCAGUCAUUGGUUUUUGUUUUGUUUUGUAAAAGGAUCUUGUUGGAAUGCUUUGUGCUGAGAAUUCCUGAUUGCACCAAAAAUAUAAUAUUGAAUAAAGCUACCAAUAAUAAUAACUAGUACCUCCCCCUCUUGGUUAUUUAGCUCAACCUGUACAGACUAGUUUAUAUCAAUAACUAGAUGUCUAGAUUUUCGCAUAUCACGACAGCCGAAUCAUUUUUACACGGCACUCUAAUAACAAACAAGUCUUCAGAUCGAAGAGCUAUUAAUUGCGUAACUUCUAAAAUCUAUUAUGACAUUAUACUGUAUCUCUCAGGAACACCAUUUCCCAAUAAUUCUAGUCAUUGGGACAUACAAAAUAAUUAUCCAAGUGCCAAUCAGCAUGUUGGUUUUUGUGUAUGUUUCUGUAAAACAAGGAUUCCUGUAGUACGGGAUUGUCAAUGUUGACUCCGUUUAAAUAGUUUGAUAACUGGCUAGUGUAGUAUACAACUUCUGACCAUCUUAAAACUUAAGUAGUAAUGGCUUAGUGAUUACAGUAACUGGUUUUUAACCACUGAACCAUGAGUUCAAACAUUGCUUCACUUCUGUCUAGGGAACCAGGUUGCAUCACUAGCCAUCAUUCUUAAUUUGGUUACAAACCCCUUGUAUAAAUCCGUGCACACUGAGUUGCACAAAUAAAUUUCUAUGCGAUAAAUUAGAGCUGUUGCUUAUUUGGUAGACGUAUUCAGACCAGUCGGUUAUUAUUGGUAAGUGGUCUAAUCAACAUUUUAGGUGGCUGACAUGAAAUAAGUAUAUACGAUUAAUGUAAUGAAAAUGCAAUAUGAUGUAAAAACUAAUGCCAUGACAUUAUUUUGAUAUAUCAAGAUUGAUCCCCGUGGAUCUUUAUGCAUCUGGUACAAUAUCGUUGUUUUUAUACAUAAAUGGAGUUUCAUUAUCCUUUUUAUGCGUCAUAUAUAUGAAUCCAACUCCAAAUUCAAGAUGAUCAAUACUAGUGAAACAGAAGUGAACUUAAUAGCGUUAAUUCAGUGAAAUUAAUCAAAGAUAAAAUGAAAACUCUCACAUCUUAAUAUUUCUACUCUCAUAAGCAACAUAUUCUAAUACGUUAAAAAGAAACAGUUCUUAAGAAAACUACCGAUUUUAAGAUAUAACAAUCAUUACAAGGUUUAAUAUUUUUAAGUAACAUAAAAACAUUAAUUGCGUAGGGUCACAUAAAAGGAACAAUUAUGUACUUAGAAGGGAAGAUGUAUAUAAUUGAGUCAAAAUACUUUUGAAUUUAUAUUCAAUGCACACAAAAUAAAGGAUUUAAUUUUUUUUACAAAGAUGAGAACACGAAUUUAUCACUGAAGUAGACUGAACAACUGUUUUAUCAGGCAGAAAUCCAUACCUACAGAAGUUUCGGAUUAAAGAGAAAAGAUACAUAUGGAUGUUACAGUACUGAAAUUAUAGAACGAUGAACAGUGUUUGAAGAAAUAUUCUUAUAUCCAUGAAUCUUUACUACAUUUUACUCGUUCUCAUAUUUUCCAAGUGAUUAAAAGUGAACAUGAAUUUCAACAGCUUACCCUAGCAAAUCCUUCAAACUGUAAUUUAGUAAUAUUAACAAAAAGUAGGUUAAACUGACCACUUAAAAUAUAAAACAUUUAUUUGGAAUUAUACAGACGGUUGGCAUAUAAUCUUUCGAAAACCAUGAAAUGGUAAAAUACUAAACUCUUAAAAAAUAUAUAUAAUAGUAAAUCUCCAAUACAAGUAUACUGUAUUCAUUAAAAUCGACCUCUGAAUAUUGACAGCUAGCCAUGAUUUAUAAAUCCUCAACAAAAACCACGUGGGAAUGCACACGUUACAAGUUUGACAAUUUUAGUGGUUGCAUAAAGUCAACGCCUGGACGUAACAACUUUGAGAACGAGAAAAAGGAUUUUCUGUAAAUUCGGCGUGUCACUAUUAAUUACCGAAGCAACCAAUAAAGGGUAAAUGUAGAUUUUUCCCCCUUACAUCGUAUAUUUGGGGGAAAUUUGUAGACAAGGAUUUUCCUUACAUCCAUAUAUCCAAACUUUGUUGUUUAACUAGUGUCCCGACAUAUUUGGUGGUCAUCACAAAUAACUUACGAGAUGCAAGUGAGUGGCGUGCUAUCUAUUUUUAUGUUCAUUAUCACUAAUACUUAGGUGUGACGAAGAAACUAGUCAAUCUAUGGAUGGAAUUUUUUCACAAACGACUAAGAAAAAUGAACAUACAUGGAUUUAGGGAUAUAAAUAAGUUAAUAACUAGUUGCGUGGCAAGUACUCCCUCCGACUUUCAGCGUAAACACCGCACAUUAGACUUCAUCUCAGUAUGGAAAGCUACGGAGUACCGACUGUUUCUUCUAUAUUUAGGCCCCGUAAUUCUUCAACAAAGUUUACCGCAACCCUUGUACCCUAAUUUCAGGCGUUUAGAUUUAUCGAUUUAUUUGUUAGCACAUCCAAGAUUACGUAAUAGCGCUACAAAUUCCGUCAGAAUGGGUUUACUGAACUUUCGUAAGAAAUAUGAAUGGUGUUAUGAGUCCAAAAACUUAGUUUACAAUGUGCAUUUGUUGCAGCACCUUCGCGACGAUGUUCGUGCAUAUGGACCUUUAGAUUGUUUUCAGCAUUCCCAUUCGAGUCAUAUAUGAGGCAAAUUAAGAAAUCAGUGCAUAGCGGGUAUGCUGUAGCCAAGCAAGUAGCUCAGCGUUAUGCGGAGAUAUCUUUUUGUGAUAGGCUCCAAGCUAGUAGUUCAACUUAUAGUGCACAGAUAACCGAUAGGGUAGACUCACGGAAACAAGUAAUUAUGCUUAAGAAUACUAAAAUAACUUUAUUUAAGCCAGAUAAUGUGGUACUAGUACACGGGAAGCCUGGUCUGGUAACUGAUGAAGGGGAGAAUGGAUUGAUGAAAAUUAGGUCAUUCGCAGACCUACGCAAUUACUUCGAAGAACCCUUCCAUUAUAGUGACAGGAAUAUUUAUGUGCUUGAUAGUUAGUCAUGAGCACACAUGGUUUCAAUUGAAUAUACUGACUGUAAAUGUAUUGCCCUUAAUUGUGUUAAUUAUUCAGAGAUUGUUCCAUAAAAUGAAAUGACGAUUGUUCCAUUGCUAUAUACGUUUAUGUAAAUGUAUUGUUUCAAUCUUGCUGAUGAUAUUACCAUAAACCAUUUCCUUACCUCUAAUGUCCCAUUAGCCGGCCAACAAACAAUACAUAAUUUUAGAUGCACCGAGCAAGAGGCAGCUUAUGAUUGCAGCUAAACAGUGGUUUGUGGAGAAAGAACUUUGUCUCUAUCCAACGGACAAUUGAUCAGUCCUGAAGUGUAAGGUCAUUCACGAAUGCGAUAGUCUCCAGAAUGCAAAGGAGUUGUUGGUUUCCUUCAACAAAUUAGAUGUUUACCGUAUCAACAUUUCUACGGACGAAAACACCCUGCAACUACCAAUGAGAAGCCGAAGAGAGGUGUAUUGAAACGGAAAAAGGGUUUCUUUACAAUUCCGUUGACAUGGAUGUGGCCCAGAUGCAGGCUAGAAACAGCCACGUCCAAUAUCGGUUGCUGGACACCAUUAUCUCGCCAAUCUCCAAUUGGACAUAAUUGGACACAUCGCCCUUAACGUCCGUGUGGGCAGUGCGUUAGCGGUCGAACUUGAGUGCCAACAUUAGGCAGUUACUGCCGAAGUCUGGUGGGUGUGAACAUCCGCGGCAAUCCGAUUGCGGACUAUUAAGCCAGCAGUUCCCUUUGUCAUCUGAAGAGGGACUGGGAAUGUUAGACGCAUGUCUUCAGCAAGAAAUUAUAAGGGACAAGUUUAUGGCCAUGCUGAUGUGGUUAAUGAAUGAUAACCCUAGAACGUCUAUGCGCUAUAAUUUGUCAUACGUCAUGACACCUGAAGUUGCCAGCCAUUUCACAAUACUUGGCACUUCAUCGGAAAGAGCACGUCAAAAAUGCAGGUUUUAUGGUUGCAUACGAAUUCCUGUCUUCAUCGGUGAACGAAAAGACCUUGCAAAACUGCAUGACAUCGCGACGCAAGGAUAUUUUCACGAUAUUAGACAAAAUGCAAAAGCGUAAUAAAAGAAAACAAGAAUAUGUGCGAUGUUCAGUAUUAACGAACAUAACCGUAAGUAGAACUUCACAUAGGUAGUUGCUUAAAAAACAAUAGGAGUUAGAUAUCGUUGUAAUUUUUUUGUGCUUAUUAAAUUUCAGAAUUCACAAGAAGAUUACUUCGCUUCUCAAUAAUUCAACAGGAGUUUAAAAAAG